AGAAACGAGGUAAUAAAAACUUGUAUGGGACAUAACAUCUGAUUUUAUUAAUUCUGAGUAUUAAUAACAAAUACGAAUAAGUAAAAAACUAUAAACAACAAUACAGAAUUCUAUACAAAAUUUUCCGUAUUUAUGAAGAUAAUUUAAAUUCUUCAGAGAAACACAAAACUUAUCACAUCAAAGACGAGGCUCUCUCCAAGGACGGUUUCAAGAAGUACAUGAAGAACGAGGCUUGUCCUUACCGUGAUUGUCGGUUCAGCAAGACUUGUAACCACAUCCACUGCAUCAGACCUCACUGCAACUACGUGUUGCACUCUAGCAGUCAGAUCUUCACACACAAAAGAAAACAUGAACGGAAGGAACAGGAGAUGAGUUUUGGGUAACGUAUCAAAAGAAUUUAAUUUAAAAUAUUAUUUUUUUUUAGGAUGGUAUUGGGAUAGUGUAUCCACUAACGUAAAUAAACGGCCAAUACAUUCGAAAAGAUUCCAAAAUCAAAUUUAAAUUGUGAGCAUAAUAUCUUCUGAUUUAGUAUUCUUCAUUCGAGUAUAACAUAUUUUUUUUUAAUUACCAGCUAAUCAAAUAAAACACUAUUCGAAAAUUCAAAAUGUAGCGUUGUAUAGUUAUACAGUGUUUUGUUUUUUUCACUCGAACUUAAAGUCGCAUUGGAUUGACGUGAACAGAGCUAUGUGUAAAUAAAAAACUGUUAUAUAUUUCUUAUGGGUCAGAGUAUAAGUAAAUAAUAAUAACUACUUAUUAUUGUUGUUUUUCUUGCAGACUGCCAACAUCGGUGAUUCAGAGUGCUUUUAUGCAGCAAGGCGCCGACCUGAGCAUGUACUCGCCUGGCAGUAACCUUCAUGGAGAUGAUGACAUGUCAAAUUCUAUGUUAGAUCCUGACUAUUCUCAUCCAUUUAAUCCUGCAUUAGUAGAAGAAAUUACACGCAAGUACAUUGACACUUACAAUGGUGGCAACAACGCCGAAGACAAGUGCAGCAAAUGCAGUGCUUUAAAUAAGCACUAUCAUUGCCUAGCUGAAGGAUGUAAAAUGGCUCAUAGUUGCCACACUACUAUGGUUAAACAUGUAAUGGAGCACGAGCAACAAAACCAAGUGACGGAAGCUUAUUUUGUUACGUUUACCCGCAAUAAUCCAUGUGGAAAUUCUGCUUGUCAACAUAUAAGAGAUAUCACGCACUAUCACUGCACAUGGGAAAAUUGUGGAGCUGUUAUUCUCUCCUCUGAAGAACAUCCCUUCAGAAGACUGGAACAUCACCGACAGCAUGCUAUUUUGAGCCCUAUGUCUCCGAACUUAGCGGCAAGAUUUGCGCCAAACUUCACACCUCAACUUUCUGCUCAGUUACAUCCUAAUAUGGCAGCGCAACUAGGGCAAGUCCCAAGUUUAGCCAAUCUCCCACCGAACUUAGCGCAAUUAGCUCAAAUGGCUCCAAGUCUUAGCUCUCAGCUGACGCCCAAUCUUCAAGCUCAAUUAAACCUGGGCCCUAAUCCAGGAAUAGCGCCACAACACAUCAAUCCAUCGAGUUCCUUGGAUGAGAUGUUUAGCAGAAAACGUGGUAGACCACCAAAAAAUAGAGUUGUGGAGGUGUGGACGGAUAACGUCACUCCACAAGCAAUUUUUACAUCGUUCAAGUUACCCAAAAGCAACCAACUCCCACCCGUAUCACAGUCUUCUGUAAUUACUACUGUUGAGGAGUUUCCCCGUAUCAAAUUCCAGCACUUUGAAGUAUUUACGAGUCCUGACACUUGUAUUCAGUCAUAUCCCAAUUGCCAGUUAAGAAUGACACGGCUCCAUCUUCACUGCUUCAAUUGCAGUUUCGCCGGUGAAUCUCAUAUAAUCAUGGAGACACAUAUGAGGGAAUCACACUCCGUUAGUCCUUUGUUGGAAGGUUUCGAUUUCUUUACUUCAUAUGAUCAUUGCGGCGGAAAAAGCUGUUUCAAGAACCAACUGAGGUUUCACUUUCACUGCGCACAAGGGAACAACUGUCCUGCUAUAUUAACACAAUAUUCAGCAUUAGCAACUCAUAAACAUGGAAGAGGCACACCAGUUAUUAAGAGUGAAGAACAAGAGAAACCUUACGAAGAAGCCAAAGACUAUUCUUUAAAAGAACGUGGAUCUGUUGAUAGCGUAAGCUCGAUGAAAGAACCUAUAGAAUCAUAUACGCCAACAAAUUUUUCUAUAAAAAGUGAAUUUGAAAGGGAGCCUGACAACGUUUCGGUAGUAAAAGCUGCCGGGACUUUUUAUCCGUCAUCUCAUCUUAGAAGCAACACUUCGUCUCCAUCCCCAAGGAGUAUUUACGAUGCAUCGCCAUCUAAGGACAUGAAAUUACGAAUCGAUUAUGAUCCAAAGAAACAAUAUGAAGCGCCAAAAAUGUCAGGACCAACGAUUCCACCAUCAUGUCAUGAUCAAACAUGUCCAUUGAACAAAAAUGCUGGCGGAAUGAAUCUUCAUUAUCAUUGUCCUCACUGUAGUCAAGCUUAUGUUGAUUUGAAAUUAUUAUUCAGUCACAUGGUGAAGAAGCAUAGUAAUACUAUGGAUCCUGGACCAGUAGGAUUGGCAGCUACAAAAGAAACCCUUGAAAGAGAAUAUCCAGAAAUUUCUAUACUACCUUCAACAGCAUCUUCUGCUUCAACGAGUCAAGCUCCUUCACCAAGCCAGCGUCAGCCUAAUCCUGCUGAGCAGGUUCAAGCAGUUCAAAGUUUGCUUUUACAGCAAUACCUUGCUGGUGGACGUAAAGGUAGUCUACAAGAUCAGUUAAAAAUGCAACAGCAGUAUACAGCAUCACUCGCUGGAUUACCAGGACUUGCACAAGUUGCUUUAUUUUCACAAGGUGGAUCUCCUUUCCCUCUCUACCCAACGAUGUUAUACCCACCAGAGCUGCUUCUUGAACAAAGCUUGUUACAAGGUCAUGGUCUACCACCGGGAAUGGAUAAGGAAGCUGAACUCAUUGCAAAAUCGCGCACACAUACCACACGUGGACCUCAUAUGCGAGUUUUGAAAGACGAGCCGAUUCCUGACGGAUAUCUUAGGUUCAGAUUUAAUGAAGAUUGCGCGUAUCAGCAUUGUGGAUACAGGGAACAUCAGACCCAUUUUCAUUGUACAAGAAAAGACUGCGGUUAUUCAUUCUGCGACAAAACCAGAUUUGUUCAGCAUACUGCUAGACAUGAAAGGUUAGACACGUUGAUGGGUGGAGACUUCCAGCAAUAUCGUACAGGCCAAAAUAAAGCGUCACAUUUCCAUUGUCUGAAGUGUGAGUUCGUGUGUACUGACACCAACAAGGUAGUUGCACACCGUCGUCAACAUCAGAAGUUAGACUCUAUUCAGGCUGCUGGCUUCGAAAAAUUCCCACCCAGCAAAGGUUGUGGUUACGAGCCUCAAUGCAUUCAUAGCAAGAAGCAAACACAUUAUCACUGCUUGCAGUGUGGAUUUGCUGUUCUAGGUCUUUCUCAAAUGACCUCGCAUAAGUACAAACAUCAAGAAGCAAAUCACGGUCCAUCAACUAGUGCUACUGUCUGAGAAAUUCAGAUAUAAUAUUUAUAAUAAAUAUAUCAUGUACGAAAAAUGGACAUAAUGUAUUGGAUAAUUAAGUGUUUCGAGUGAUAUUAGUGCUUGGUUUCGGUUAUGCGUUUUAUCAAAUAUAAAUUGUAUGAUAAAUGCGUUACGACUUAUAAUAAGUACACAUAAAGCGAUUUACAACCUAUUACCUAAUGCAUAACGGAUUACUUUCUGUAGCAAUGAAAAGGAAUAUUUGAAGAAUAUUAAAUUAAUUUUUUAUUGAUUCAGAUUUAUAUGGAUGACUGUUUCACAGUAUACGAUGCUGUAAAAGAAUUCGCUCAAAAGAACCAUGACAAUUUGCAAUGUGUGUCCCUCAAGUGUGCCUUAUGUUCGUAAUGAUCAUAAUUAUAAUGAAUUAAACCACUGAUUACAUUGAAAUCUGUUCCUGUAGCUGAUGAUAAAGGUUUUGUCCAAAUAUCUAUUUAAUGGUUUGAGCUAAGCUUGGAUACAGUAUUGUAAUUAAUAUAAUCAUAAAUGAAAAAUCUAGAAUCGUAUUCUAGUGCACACAGUAAUGCAUCUGUACAAAAAACUAUAUUAAUGUGUGCUUCUUAUUAUUAAGUACUUUUAAUAUCUUGACGACUGAGUGGCAAAAAAAUAUUUAAGUGCCAAAAUAUUGUUGAAUUUGUAUACUAACAGAAACAAAUGUUCAUUUGAAAAAUUAUCUAGAAUGUUAAUAAAGUAGUUAUUUUCAGAACAAAGUGAAUUUAAAAUUACGGUAUACUUAUAAUAUAUGAAAGUGCAUGUUAAUUAUAUUGAGAGUGUUUGUAUUUCCUAAAUCCCGACCAAUAUUAGAUAAUUAGUUAAGAAAUAUUUAUAUUUAUUACUUCCCCGUGAGAAAAGACAUUUUUACGAAUAGUAUUAUUAAUUUAGAUUUCAUGGAAAUUAAAAAUUAGAAGGCAAUAAUACUUGGGAUUCGAAUACCACAUUGUGCCUAAGGAUUUAAUCUUGUGACAAUACUUUACAUUGAUAAUUAACUGUAAUGUUUCUGAUGGGAUAGGCUAUAUAUCAGAAAAUAGUGCAAGCAAGCAUUAGGAUAACAAAAUCAUAUAUAUUUAAUAAAUAAAAAACUUAUUUAAUAAAAUGUCAAUUUUAUAAACAAAAAUACAAUGUAAAUAAGAUUAGAUUAUUAUAUAAAGCAGUAUGUUAGUAAAAUUAUAAUUGUUAAACUGAUAAAGUAUAAAUGUAUAAAAAAUCAAAUUGGAUGUACAGAAAAUUGAGUGCUAACGUUUGUGAUUCAUGAGGUAGCCAUAAAUAUGCCAUAAACAUGUGUAAGUGUAAUUUUUAUGUUACUGAAUUCCUCUUUGGCUGAACAGUAUUAUAUAGUCACGAUGUCCUUCUUUUGAAAGUACCUUUUGCAUUCCUGUAAUAUU